AUGGAAAUCAAGGAACAACGUCCUCAUGUCCGCUGGGCACCUCUACGUGGCAUACCACUUGAACGACGACUUCAAAUGCUAGCUGUGUGCACUUGGGUGUUUUUGCUAUUCAUAUGUCUCGUGCUAUUCGCCUAUUGCUUUACGCUACCGUUCCUCUGGCCAUUGCUUAUUGCCUAUAUCACUUUUCUUUAUACCGACAAAGCCCCUGAGACAGGUGGUCGCCGUUUCGAUUGGACACGUCGGUGGCCAUUAUGGAAGUACUUUGUCGAUUACUUCCCCGCCAAGCUUGUCAAGGAGCAUGAUUUGGAUCCCACUGGCAAUUACGUGUUUGGAUAUCAUCCUCAUGGCAUCAUCUCCAUGGGCGCCUUUGCCAACUUUGCAACCGAAGCUACAGGCUUUUCAGAUUUAUUUCCCGGUAUCGUCCCCUCCUUGUUGACAUUGGCUAGCAACUUCCGUUUACCACUUUAUCGCGAUUUAAUCCUAUCCCUCGGCAUUGCAUCUGUUUCACGUCAAUCGUGUGAGGCUAUUUUAUCCUCAGGUCCUGGAAGAUCCAUUGUCAUUGUUAUUGGUGGUGCUGCUGAAUCAUUGAACGCUCGUCCUGGUAUUGCCGAUCUCACUCUUAAACGACGAUUGGGUUUCAUCCGCUUGGCUAUUAAGCAUAACGCUUCCUUGGUGCCAGUAUUUUCUUUUGGUGAAAACGACUUGUAUGAGCAAGUGGAUAAUUCAAAGGGAUCAGCAUUAUGGAAAGUACAAAAGAAGAUGCAGUCUUUGCUUGGGUUCACUUUGCCGCUCUUCCAUGCACGAGGCAUCUUUAAUUAUGAUGUUGGCAUUAUGCCUUUCCGCCAUCCAAUUGUCACAGUGGUCGGCAAGCCCAUUGCAGUACCAAAACUUGAGGCAGGUCAAAAAGAACCCACACACGAACAACUUGUUGCUGUACAGGAAGAAUACAUCAAAGGAUUGGAAGCGAUUUACAACAAGUACAAGGAUGUUUAUGCAAAGGAUCGGAAGCAGGAUCUCCGAAUCAUCGACUAG